CAGAGAGAAGAAGGUAAUUGUGAAAAUGGCUAAGUACGUUAUAGCAGGAAAAACUGAUUGCCCCUUUUACGCAAAGGCGGAAAUGCUUGGUGAUGAGUUGCAAAAAACUUUACGCAAUUUCAAGUUGUGGAAAAUCCCAGUUAGCCCGGAAAAAUGGACGGAAUGGUUAAAAAAUACGUGUGAAAAACAUGAGUGGGAGCACACAACUUCUCCAUUAAUUUGGCGCGAACUAGUCGAUCGCGGUGGUAAAGGAUUAUACCUUGGAGGGUGUGAUGAAUUUAUGGAAAUGGCUGAAUCUUAUUACGGGAUACGCUCAACAAAAAUGAGUGAGGAGUUACUUGCAAUUUCAAAAGAAAAUCAAUUGACAAAACAAAUGCUUGACCAGGAGAAAAUCGAUGCAGAAAAAAACAUAAAUCCAAUGCGAAUAACCAUUGUUUCAGCUGCUUCCCGAGCGCACUACAUCCUCUUCAAGUCAUUGCUAAAUGGCGAGAUAUUUGGUUUUGAGCAAGACAUAUGUUUGACGUUAUAUGAUUCCAUUGAUAACCAGGAUAUUUUGUCCGGUUUGACGAUGGAGGUAAUCGAUUGUGCAUCGCCUUUACUAAGGACUGUUAAUCACACUUCCGACAUCAAUGAUGCAUUUCAUAAUACAGAUUUAGUUUUAAUUCUUGAUGCAGAAUGUUCUACUGAAGAUGAUGAGGUUUUGGUGCGCAGUGCAACUCCAUAUAAGCAAUAUGCUGAAAUGAUUGAAGCUCAUGCCAAAACCAGUGUGAGAAUCCUUGUCUGUGGUAAGACAUCAAAUCUUUUUGCAAGCGUCAUGUUAACAUUACCGAAAAUUGAAAAGCAAAACAUUCUUGCUCACUCAAGACUUCAAGAAAAUCAAGCAAAGGCAGUCUUGGCUAGAAAAUUGAAGGUUAAUUCCUGUGGCAUUUUAGAUCUUGUAGUUUGGGGAUGCCCGGGUAAUGAUGACACAUUUGACAUCAGUAUGUCAAAAGUAAAAGGUUAUGAUGGCGCAAUAUGGUCACCACAUAUUGAAACAUUCUCAAGAUCAGUAAUGGAGUUGCUUUAUGAUGAAAAGUGGAUUGGUAUUGAAUUUUUCAAUGAGAUUAAGUUGCAUAAUGAUGCACUUCAAGAAAGCCACAACCUUUUCCCAAGUCUUUCUAAUGCUGCAGCAAUAGUUGAUUUUUUAAAAGAUUGGUGGAAAUGUUCCACCAAGCAAAUCAUAUCACUUGGAAUAGUCUCUGAUGGUUCAUAUAAUGUACCAGAAGGUGUUAUAUAUUCCUUUCCUGUUCACUUUGAUAAUGGCUUCUGGAAAAUUUCAAGUGGACUAGAUAUAAAUGAUGAAAUCUCAUUUCGAAUAAAACAAAUUGGAGAGAAUUUGAAGACAAAGGCUGACAUGGUCGUUCAAGCUUUAUCAAAACCAUCAAAUGAAAACAUGUAAUAAACAAUAUAUGCUGAUUUUUUAUAGAACUUAUAAAAAAUUUGGAUUUUACCUCAACUACUUAGAUGUGCACUAGCUUUUGAUAAUCUCAUUGAAAUAUUAAUUCAAAAGUUCUGUUCUGUCAUCUGAGAAAUGAAAUGUUGAUGUUCUUUAUGACAAUACGAUUUGAUUUAUGACGCACGCGUUGCUUUUGGCAAAAAUAGGUACGUGGAACGUACAUAUGCUCAAUGAAUCUCCAAACGCACAAAACAGCGCUUUUCAUAAUCUGACGUCCAGAGUGAAGUCGGUGAUUUUUUAAAGCAAAUCACAAGGGUAGUUUUAAGUAUUUAUUUUGCAUGACUUGCGACGAUGCAAAAACAUGUUACCUUAGUGUAUACUUAACUUAAACCAGGAACUUUUAAAGUAUCUAUCCUAAUACAAAAUAAUCAACAUGAGACCGAAGCUAUGCAUUUUUUAUUCUCAGUUACGAUUACUACAAAAAUAAGAUUAUUAUUAUAAACAAUUGAUAUACAAAUAUGGCUUAGCACGAAGCUAGGCAAUUGUGAAAGGUUGUAAUUAAUAAUAAUGUUGAUAUAUUUAUACUAAGUGUAAAAUACGUUUAUUAAAGAAUAAUUUAAUUGCCAA